GACUGAAGGACGGGACUAACUUGACAGCAGCAUCUCAUUUUUAGCUAGUCACCGGCCCCUUCCCCAGAAUGCCCGUGUGCCUAUAGCCUCUGAAGAGAGGUGCUUCUCCCGCAGCCCCGAGGGGCCACGGAGCUCCCGAAAACUAGGGAGGAGACGCACCAGCCAUGUGCCCCUGCGGGAAUCUGCCAGGGAGCCAGGGGCCUGGAGUCCUCUCUCUCCUGCUGCUCCGGAGGCAGAGGUGAGCACCGGGUGACCGGCUCCAAACAGAGGUGCCGGGAAUCCCUCCUGUCAUGGUGGCCGUCUGCAGCCAGCCUAAGGCACUCCCAGACGGGGUUGCAGCUGAGCCUGUUUAUCUGGUGUGGGAAGAAGAUGGGGAGUUAUUUGUCUGUCCCGGCGUACUUCACCUCCAGAGACCCCUUUAGGUGUUCAGAAUGCCAGGAGUCCCUCACCAACUGGUACUAUGAGAAGGAUGGAAAACUCUAUUGCCACAAGGAUUACUGGGCCAAGUUUGGAGAAUUCUGCCACGGGUGCUCUCUGCUUAUGACAGGGCCUGCCAUGGUGGCUGGGGAGUUUAAAUACCACCCAGAGUGCUUUGCCUGCAUGAGUUGCAAGGUGAUCAUUGAGGAUGGGGAUGCAUAUGCCCUGGUGCAGCAUGCUACACUCUACUGUGGGAAGUGCCACAAUGAGGUGGUGCUGGCACCCAUGUUUGAAAAGCUGUCUACGGAGUCUGUCCAGGACCAGUUGCCCUAUUCUGUCACGCUCAUCUCCAUGCCAGCCACCACCGAGUGCAGACGUGGUUUCUCCGUGUCCGUGGAAAGUGCCUCUUCUAACUAUGCCACCAACGUGCAAGUGAAAGAGGUCAACCGGAUGCACAUCAGUCCCAAUAACCGAAAUGCCAUCCACCCUGGGGACCGCAUCCUGGAGAUCAAUGGGACCCCUGUCCGCACUCUCCAAGUAGAGGAGGUGGAGGAUGCGAUUAACCAGACAAGCCAGACCCUUCAGCUGCUGAUCGAACAUGACCCUGUCCCCCAGCGCCUGGACCAGCUGCGGCUAGAUACCCGGCUUUCUCCCCACAUGCAGAGUACUGGACACUCUCACACACUCAGCACCCUGGACACCAAGGAGAAUCAGGAGGGGACACUGAGGAGACGUUCUCUGAGGCGCAGUAACAGCAUCUCCAAGUCUCCUGGCCCUAGCUCCCCCAAGGAGCCCCUGCUCCUCAGUCGUGACAUCAGCCGCUCUGAAUCCCUACGCUGUUCCAGCAGCUACUCACAGCAGAUCUUCCGGCCCUGUGAUCUGAUCCAUGGAGAGGUCCUGGGGAAGGGCUUCUUUGGGCAGGCCAUCAAGGUGACUCACAAAGCCACAGGCAAAGUGAUGGUCAUGAAGGAGUUAAUUCGUUGCGAUGAGGAAACACAGAAGACUUUCCUGACUGAGGUGAAAGUGAUGCGAAGCCUAGACCACCCUAAUGUGCUCAAGUUCAUUGGUGUUCUGUACAAGGACAAGAAGCUGAAUCUGCUGACAGAGUACAUUGAGGGGGGCACACUGAAGGACUUCCUGCGCAAUGUGGACCCGUUCCCCUGGCAACAGAAGGUCAGGUUUGCCAAAGGCAUCUCUUCUGGAAUGGCAUAUUUACACUCGAUGUGCAUCAUCCACCGAGACCUGAACUCACACAACUGUCUCAUCAAGUUGGACAAGACAGUGGUGGUAGCAGACUUUGGGCUGUCACGUCUUAUAGUGGAAGAGAGGAAAAGGCCCCCAGUAGAGAAGGCAACCACCAAGAAACGUACCUUACGCAAGAGUGACCGCAAGAAGCGCUACACUGUGGUAGGAAACCCCUACUGGAUGGCCCCUGAGAUGCUGAAUGGCAAGAGCUAUGAUGAGACCGUGGAUGUCUUCUCUUUUGGGAUUGUUCUCUGUGAGAUCAUUGGGCAGGUGUAUGCUGAUCCUGAUUGCCUGCCCCGCACACUGGACUUUGGCCUCAAUGUCAAGCUUUUCUGGGAGAAGUUUGUCCCAACAGACUGCCCCCCAGCCUUCUUCCCCCUGGCUGCUAUCUGCUGCAAACUAGAGCCUGAGAGCAGACCGGCGUUCUCAAAGCUGGAGGACUCCUUUGAGGCACUGUCCCUGUAUUUGGGAGAGCUGGCCAUCCCACUGCCAGCAGAGCUGGAAGAACUGGACCACACUGUGAGCGUGGAGUACGGCCUGACCCGGGACUCACCACCCUAGCCCUGGUCCAUCCCCCCGCAAGGGGACAUUCCGCAGCCAGCAUUGCCCCCUCUGCGCCCUGUCCUUGCUAUGAGCAGGACUAGCUAGGCUUCCUGUGGAUUGACGGCUUGCUUAGAAGCAGAAUAAGCCAACCCUACUACCUCCCCAGGAGGCAUGCGGGUGCAGGGGAACAGUCCUCCACAGGUGCUGGGGCCUGGUUACUGUCUGUAAAUCCAACACUCGCCUGAAAGCUGUGAAGAAGAUAAAAAGAGCCUGGAUUCUAGACCAGGAGUCUGUUACUAGGGACCAUUUGGGACCUUUGUGGCAGUGAGAUUCUGGGAGGCUGUAGCUUUACACUAAUCAACAUAGCCUGGGCCUGCUGGGCAGGAUGACAGAAUGAACUGGCCUGAGGGCUCCAGAGGCCCAGCAAGGUGCAGGACUUCAAGCGGUAGUGUGAGUAACAGAACUGAGAGCCUUCAAAGCAUAUGAAAUGACAGUGGUGAUUUCUCCUCCCACUCCAGGCCCUGCCCUCUGGAGCAGGUUUUGAAGAGUCUCUUAGUAUGUGGUGAAAGCCACAGGAUCCAGAAAAAGGACUGGUUUCUGCUCACCAGCCUAGGGACCACAUCAGUGUGGGAGUUUCCACUUCAACAUCCUGUCUCAACAAGCGGUCACUCACAAAAGCACCAAAGAAGCUGGGGCUGGAAAGAAAGGUCCUGCCCUUUAAAAAGCCCCAUAUCCUGGCUGGUGGGCUCAGUCAGAAGCUCAAGACAUUGUCCGAUGCUAGACGGGUUCUGGAGGCCAAUGUGGUCUGUCUCAGACUUUGGGUCUGAGCAGGGAAAGGGGAGUCCCAUCAAUUUCUUGGCAUCCUUGUGGCAGCUACAGCACAUCUUUAGUAUGUCUGGUCCAGGCAGCAACUUGGGACAGGAAUUGGUGGCUACUGAGUCCCAAAGCUGAGAUACAAAGAGAGCUCUCUCUUUGAGCUGGGCCCUCUUGAUUCUACCUCCCUUGUUGCUGGUCCAGCUCUUACUUCCUGAGCCACACUCCAGGGCCAUGGGCAUUGGAAACCCUCGGGGCACCUUCCACCCCUGGCUACCAGGUGUCCAGGGGCUCUCCAGCUCACCGAGGUUUGCCAUUUCCUAAGUGCGAGCUCACACCGUAUUUAACAAAUUGGGAAUGGGUUUGGUUUAUAAAUAUAAGGUGUGGUGGGUUGUACUGGUGGGGGAAGGGAUCAGGAGUGGUUGCUGUUAUUAGUUUUUAUCUUUUGGGUGAUAUGUGAAAUAUUGUACAUAGACAAGAUGAAAUUGUGGGGUGGGAAGCCAUCUUUGGCCACUUUAUUUGCUGUGUAGACUGUACUUGUGUGUGGAGUUUGCAGACUUGCUGUAGGGGAACCCUGAACUCCCAGCAUGGCUCAGCAUCCUGUGACUGGUUAUACUUGAGCUGUCUCCAGCAAGUGUGGGAGUGGUGGGCCUGAGCUGGGCCAUGAAGCAGACUAAAUAAAUUAAGCAGUUAACAUAGUGAUGA